UACAUAACUUUACAAUAGGUCUGACGAAAUGUUGCUCGCGAGUAAUUCUUUCUCUCUUUCAUUCGAAUAAGGUAGAAGAAAGAGAAAAAGAGGAAAGCUCGUGAGCAACACACUUUAUCAAUCCUGCUUUACAAUAAAAAUCAACUUGUUUUGCAUAGUGAGGCCUUUGCACAUAUGUAACAAAUAUAUGCUUUUGCACUUUUUAUAGAGGCUUUAUUUCUUUAUGUUUUAUUUCAAGCGAAUAAAUAAACCUAAUCAAUCUCUUUCAUAUGCCAUAAACAUGCAUUAUUUUUUCACUUUACUUGAACGUAACAAUGUGUUGAAAUGUAUGCAAAUUAAUUCAAAACAUUUGUAGUCUUUUAUAGUUUUGUCAUAAAAUUAAUUAAUAUUUUUAUCUGUGUUUUUGUUGUAAAAUUGAUGUAGUAAAAUACUGUUGUAUAUUGCUAAUUUUGUUUGUUGCAUUGAAUUGCAGUGAAUAUUGAAACACUGAAUACAACAUGGAAAGAAAAAGAUACAAACUAUGGUUACAAAGAAACUUCAACAAGGACAUGGUAUCGAAAGCUACAUAUAAGAAAUGGAAACAGAAAUACGACGCAAUGUUACGUCGUGUAGAUGAACGCACAGGGAUUACUGAUUGUGAACCAUCGUGUUCGAAUCAGCUUUGUAACGCUGGAAUAUUUGAACAAGAAGUCAUUGGCAGUGCUGGUGUUAGUCACGAAAAUACAAUACCACAAUCUGCACAAUGUGUGCAAGAGAAUAUCUCAUUUGAAGAUCAAAAAUGGGUACAUGCAUCUUACGAAGAAAUGGCAUUUGAUGAAAAUACGUCGGAUGCAGGAAGUGUCACUGGGAGUGUUGAUGACAUUGAAGAAGAAAAUGAAGAUGAUUUACGUGCGAAAUGA